UGCAAAUCGCUGCCUCUCGCUGUGCCUCGGCAGCCCAGAGCCCGCACGGCCCCGCCGCCGCUCGCAGCUCAGCCCCGGCAGGCGCGGGGGCAGCGGGCGGGGUCCCCCCGGUCCCCCCGCCCCUCGGCCGGCUGGCAGGAGGAGGAUGAGGAGCGCCGGGAAGGGCUGAGGGUGGCGGAGAGGCACCUAGGAGAGGGGGGACAUGGCCCCGCUGCUGGCGCUGCUGCUGGCGGCCCUGCUGGGCUCGGGCCGGGCGUGCCCGGAGCCGUGCGCUUGCGUGGACAAGUACGCGCACCAGUUCGCCGACUGCGCCUACAAGGAGCUGCAGGCCGUGCCCGCGGGGCUGCCCUCCAACGUGACCACCCUGAGCCUGUCGGCCAACAAGAUCAGCUCGCUGCCCCGCGGCGCCUUCGCCGAGGUGACCCAGGUGAGCUCGCUGUGGCUGGCGCACAACGAGAUCGCCGCCAUCGAGCCCGGCGCGCUGGCCGUGCUGGCGCAGCUCAAGAACCUGGACAUCAGCCACAACCAGAUCGUGGAGUUCCCCUGGCGGGACCUGCGCAACCUGAGCGCGCUGCAGCUGCUCAAGAUGAACAACAACCGCAUGGCGCUGGUGCCGCCCGACGCCUUCCGCACGCUCAAGGACCUGCGCUCGCUGCGCAUCAACAACAACCGCUUCGCCACGCUGGCCGAGGGCAUCUUCGACUCGCUGGGCUCGCUGUCGCACCUGCAGAUCUACAACAACCCCUUCGAGUGCUCCUGCGCGCUGCGCUGGCUGAAGCGCUGGAUGGAGAGCACGCUCAUCUCCAUCCCCGAGAAGGACUCCAUCGCCUGCGCGCUGCCCGAGCGCCUGCGCGGCGUGCCGCUGGCCAAGCUGCCCGAGCUGCCCUGCGCCGCGCCCGCCGUGAGCCUCAGCUACUCGCCCGAGCUGGACGCGGCCGAGCUGCCCGACGGCCUCACGCUGAGCCUGCACUGCGCCGCCAGCGGCUCGCCGCCGCCCGAGCUGCGCUGGAAGAUCCGCACGGCCGGCCAGAGCCUGGAGCUCGGCGGGAGCGGCCCGGAGAGCGCGGCCAAGGAGGCGCCGCGGCCGGAGCCCGAGCGCUUCGUGGCGUUCAAGAACGGCACCUUGGUGAUCCCGCGCCUGAGCAAGCGCGAGGAGGGCACCUACACCUGCGUGGCCACCAACGAGGUGGGCAGCAACCACUCCUCGGUCAGCGUGGCCGUGGCGGGCGCGCAGAAAUACCCGGCGGCGCCCGGCGGCGACCCGCUGGGCGGCAAGGGGCAGGCGGGCGACAAGAAACCCGACGCCGAGGCGGCCAAGAACAGCGUGCUGACCCCGGAGGAGAGGGGCAAAGCGCUGGGCCCCACCCGGCAGAGCCGGCCCGGCUCAGGGGCGGGGCCGGAGCCUGAGGGCCGGGGCCGGGUCCCGGUGGAGCCGCCGGGCCUGGAGAAGAAGUGCGGCUCCUCGGCGGGCGGCUCCAAGUACAUCUCCAACCACGCCUUCAACCAGAGCGGCGACUUCAAGCGGCACAGCUUCGAUCUGGGCGUCAUCGCCCUGGACGUGGCCGAGCGCGACGCCCGCGUGCAGCUGACGCCCACCCAGCCCGGCGGGGGCCACCUGGGCGUGCUCUACCUGUGCCAGCAGGGCCGCCAGGGCCACGCCCUGCUGCAGUGGUCGCAGAUCGAGGCCGGCGUGAACUCCUACUGGUUCCAGGGCCUGAGCCCCGGCACCAACUACUCGGUGUGCCUGAGCUCGCCGGGCGAGGAGUGCCGGGUGCAGGUGGUGUUCACCACCAAGAAGGAGAUCCCGUCGCUCAUCAUCAUCGUGGUGGUCAGCAUCUUCCUGCUGCUGCUGGCCACGCUGCCGCUGCUGGGCGCCACGUGGUGCCACCUGCUCGCCAAGCUGCAGGCCAAGCCCUACAAGCUGAUCAUGAAGGCGCAGAACCCCGACCAGAUGGAGAAGCGCAUGGCCGCCGACUUCGACCCCCGCGCCUCCUACCUGGAGUCCGAGAAGAACUUCGGUCCCGGCGAGGCCGAGGCCGAGGAGGAGGAGGAGGAGGAGGAGGAGGCGGGGGAUGAAGAAGGAGCGCGGUGGCGGCGCGGGAGGGAGGGGGAAGGCGCGGCGGAGCUGGAGCGGGAGGAGAGCGUGGCCGCCAGCUCCAUGGCGGAGUCGCAGUCCAAGGGCGGCGCCGAGGAGUUCGAGGUUCGCUCCGAGUACAGCGACAAGCUGCCGCUGGGCGCCGAGGCCGUCACCAUCUCCCCGGAGAUCAACGGCAACUACCGGCAGCGGCCCCGCUGAGCCCCCCGAACCCCCCGGCCCCCGCUCCCCACCCCCCGCU